UAGUUCAGCUUCCGUAUUUGUAGCUGCAAAUGAGAAAGUUAAAAAAAGAAAAAGACGAACAAAUUAAUGAAUGAGUGAAAUAAAUGAGCAGGAACAAAACAGGGCAUUGUUGGAGCCGGUUGCAUUGGUGAUUGGUGUAUAAAAACCGCUACUUGGGUCUCUCUCUCUCUAUCACAUUGUUUCUGGUUUGCUUUCUCUCUUCUGUGACUGUGUCCAUGGCCGAUGGUAGAGAGCAUGGAGCUUCUUCCCCCCGGAAGAGUGAUAAUGCUUCUGGUGAAGGAACAAAUAAAACCCUGACUGGUGAUGGUUUUAAGGCAAAACAUAGAAGACAAGGUGCUCUGCUUCCUUCCUCUUUAUCUGCCCAAGACUUGAGAUGUUUAGAUAUCGAAAAAGAGAAAGAAGAUGUGUCAUCCCCUAGAGGAGUUUUAGAAGCCUGCAUUAGAGGAUUGGAAUCUGACACAGAUUCUUCUAAAAACAGCUCCACUGAAAUGGAAACUCGUUCAAAUUCAAGCUGGAGCAGAUUCUUUAAAUUGUGGAAGAACAGAUCGAUCAAGCGCUUAGCCUCCUUCCCUCCUCUUGGGAAAAGCAAAGGCAGGAGUGGUAGAGAAAAUCCAGAAUUCUGUAAUUUAUAUAACUUCAAGAGUUCAUUAGUGAACUUCAGCCUCGCAGAUUUGCAAGCUGCAACCAACAAUUUUAGUCAUGAAAACUUAAUUGGAAAGGGUGGUUAUGCUAAAGUUUACAAGGGUUGUUUGCAAGAUGGACAGCUGAUAGCAGUGAAGCGGCUGACAAAAGGAACAGUAGAUGAGAAAACAUCAGGCUUUCUAUCUGAGCUUGGCAUUAUAGCCCAUGUAGACCAUCCUAAUACUGCUAAGUUGAUCGGCUGUGGCAUUGAAGGAGGAAUGCACCUUAUUUUUCAAUUAUCUCCUCUAGGGAAUUUAGGAUCUCUUCUUCAUGGUUCAAAGGAUAAUAAACUUGAUUGGAGUAAAAGGUACAAAAUUGCUUUAGGAACAGCAGAUGGCCUGCUGUAUCUUCAUGAGAGUUGUCAGAGGCGAAUCAUUCAUAGAGAUAUCAAAGUUGAUAAUAUUCUUCUUACGGAGGAUUUUGAGCCUCAGCACCUUCCAAUCCAGAUUUGUGAUUUUGGGCUUGCAAUGUGGCUACCCAAACAAUGGACUCACCACAAUGUAUCAAAGUUUGAAGGCACAUUUGGGUAUUUUGCUCCUGAAUAUUUCAUGCAUGGCACAGUAGAUGAAAAAACUGAUGUUUUUUCUUUUGGGGUACUACUCUUGGAGCUUAUAACUGGGCGCCAAGCCUUGGAUGAUUUGCAGCAAAGCCUUGUGAUUUGGGCAAAGCCUUUGCUUGACAAAGAUGAUUUGAAGGAGCUUGUUGAUCCUUCUAUUGGUGAUAAUUACGAUACAGAAGAAAUGGAUCGUAUGGUUUUAACGGCCUCUAUGUGCAUUGAGCAGUCUCCUAUCCUACGUCCUCGAAUGAAUCAGGUUGUGAUACUGCUGAGAGGUAAUGACUGUGUCUCAGAUUGUGCAGUAGAAUCUCCAAGACCGACAUUCCAGAGAGCAUACUCAGAAGAGCUCUUGGACAUACAAGAAUACAACUCAACAAAGUAUCUGAGUGAUCUCAAACAACACGAGCAGGUUGCUCUGGGUUAUUGAAAGCACUCAACAGAAUAUUUAAGUCUACUAGCACCACUAGUUCCUACAGAUCUUUUGAAAGCAAGAAAAAGAGGGGGGGUCGUACCUCUAGAUUUUUUAGUUCAGAGGGUCUUAGAAUGUAUUUAGGUGUUCUUUUGUAUACUUCCCGUGUACUAUUUAAUUCGUAUCAAUAUACUU